GUCAACUCUCCUCCACGCCUUCGCACUACUUUUUCCCAAUUACAAAACUAUCCGCAGCACAGCAUCAAUUCCCUAUUCUCAGGACACGCAAGUUGGCUCCCUUCCUCUGUGAAAUUUUCCUCCUCCAGCUGCCACUCGGAGCGCUCGUCGCGGUAAAUAGUCCGCCCCGUUGUUGUCUCAGGAGCUCCUGAGGGAAUCCAACCACCAUACGAGCACUGUUUCAGCACAAUGAGCUACGGCGGCUACAACCAGGUGGGCUACGGCUCCAACCCCUACGACCAGCGCGAUGGCGGUGCUGGAGGCAAUCGGUACAACAACUAUUCCCAGGGCAAUUAUAAUCAGGGUGGCUACUCGCAACAAGGCCCUUUCGAUGAUCCGGGUUCCGUCGAGAUGCAACCUUAUGGGCAGCCAGCUGGCGCCGACCCGAAUGCUAUCCUUAAUGAAUGCCGGGAAGUGGAUCGCGCCCUCGACCAGAUUGAUGGCCAGCUCGACACAUUGGAGCGCAUGUUCAAGCAAGUUCUGGCGCGGCCAGACUUGUCCACCAACGAGAUCACAAACCUCAGCACCCAGGUUAUGACGGGCUACCGCGCUCUUGUCACACGAGUAAAGAACAUCAAGUCGAAACCCGAAUCUGGGAACCCUCGCAAUGCGCCGCAAGUUGGAAAGGUGGACAGGCGUUUGAAGGCAACAAUCAACAAGUAUCAGACCCUCGAAGCAGAAUUCCGCCGAGACUCGCAGGCCGCAGCAGAGCGCCAAUACCGCAUUGUCAGGCCUGAUGCCACGGAGGAGGAAGUGCGGCAAGCCGUCGAGGACCCUAAUGCCCCCAUCUUCCAACAAGCCCUCCUGAACUCUGACCGCCGUGGUCAAGCCUCGUCGACCCUCAGGAACGUUAAGGAGCGCCACGAGGCCAUUCAGAAAAUUGAGCGACAGAUGGUUGAGCUUGCACAACUGUUCCAGGACUUGGACCAGAUUGUCGUGCAGCAGGAGCCUUUGGUCGAAAACAUUGAGCAAAAGGGCGAAGAAAUUCACGACAAUGUCGUCCAGGCCAACACUGAGAUUAGCGGAGCUAUCGAAAAGGCACGAUCCCGCAACCGAAAGAAAUGGUGGUGCCUCCUGAUUGUUCUUCUCAUCAUCAUCAUUGCUGUCAUAGUUGCUGUGGUCGUCACCAAGCCCUGGCAACAGAACAAAUGAAGUGGUGCGAGCACUCAUGUUCGUUGCCAUGUCUGGGGCCGCGGGCACCCAAUAUUGAGAAGCGGUCCAAUAACCUAUCCUUUUGAGAACUUCCACUCCACUAUAGACAUGUUGCCUCAUUUUCAUUCCGCGCGGAGCUCAAUAUCCACCUCUGUUCUCGUAACCAGUAAUCUUUCACAGGCCGGCCCAGUUAUAAACUUGUAUAAUAGAGUUACUGGUGGAUUUGUAGCUCAGCCACUUUCCCAUCACCAUCCCUAUCGUCUCCUGGCCUGUCUCCAGCUGUUGUUUCCCUUAUCAAAAAUCGGCGUCUCACCCAAGUCAUCUCCCUCAUCUCGUUUGGUUUGAUUCUGUUUUGCCGACCUCGUUGGAUUCAAGGUCGAGGGCUCUCUCGAGCCGAUAUAGGUUGCUGUUGUUUUUGUCCGCGAAUAUAUACUCCGUAGAGUUGUUGUUUUAUCUACUUGAAUUGUUUGGUAGAGUG